AUGCUCGAAGCACGGUCAUCAUAUCAGGAGGGAAGCCUUUGGUUCUAUGCACCAAAUAAAGGCGCUGCAAUUGCCUUUGCGAUUCUCUUCGCUAUCUCUGGUAGCAUCCAUGGAUAUCAAUGCUUCAAAUAUAAAUCAUGGAAAGUCACCGGCCUUCUUCCAUGGUCUGCCAUCUUGUUCACGGCAGGUUUUAUCACGCGAACUAUCGGAGCGUUCGGGCAAUGGGGAAAUCUAGGCGUCUAUAUCGCAAGCACCGUGCUUCUCCUUGCCGGGCCGCCAGUAUAUGAGGGUGCUAACUUUUUCAUUUUGGGUCGUAUCCUUUACUACAUCCCAUAUCACUCCCCCAUCCACCCUGGUCGCGUAUUCACAACCUUCAUCGCUUUGGGUGUGGCCAUUGAGAGUAUUACCGCGAACGGAGCGGCUCGAGUCGCAAGUGCAGACUCUAGUGUCAGCUCGCAAAACACCGGCAAGGCACUACUGAAGGCGGCGCUUAUCAUGCAGAUCGUCCUAAUGGCAGGCUUUGUAGCUUUGGCCGGCCGAUUCCACUUCAAUUGCUCACGAGGAGGCGUAUUGAACCACAAGAUCAAGAAUGCACUACUGGUGUUGUACUGCAGCUGUACCCUCAUUAUGAUCCGUACCAUAUUUCGCACCGUGGAGUACUUUACUGCCGCAAGUCUGAAUGCCUACACUGACCUCGAGAACAUCAGUCCAGUAUUGAAGCAGGAAUGGUUCUUCUGGGUUUUCGAGGUUGUGUUCAUGUAUAGCAACACCACUUUGCUGAAUGUCUUUCAUCCAAUGCAUUGGCUUCCGCGAUCAAACAAGAUUUAUCUCGCCGAAGACGGUGUCACAGAGAUUGAGGGCCCUGGCUAUGACGAUCCCCGUCAUUGGCUUCAAACUGUUGUCGAUCCAUUUGAUAUUUACGGACUGAUCGUUAACCGAGGCAAGAAAGAGAAGUAUUGGGAAGCAAGUCUGACUCAGAGACAGGAUACCACCGCUAAACUCACUCAAAGAGUAUGA